CUGACCUGGUGCUACUUUGCCCUACGGUGCUAAAUACGAUAAUAGAUAUUGCUUGAAAGUCAAGUUGCCAAAGCUGAUUCCCCUCAGAUCUAGUGAAUGACAGAAACCCUACGCUGAGCAUAAUGGCCUUGGAAGACAAUAUCCCCGACACACAAUCGGGUGAUACAGAUCAUGAUUAUUUCAUGAAGCAAGCUCUAUUGAUGGGUGAAAAAGCGCUUGCGACAGGCGAGACCCCUGUGGGAUGCGUUCUAGUGUACGAUCAAAAGAUAGUCGCUCGUGGAAUGAACGAUACCAACAAAUCAAUGAAUGGUACAAGGCAUGCCGAAUUCCUUGCAAUAGAAGAAGUUCUCCAGAGCUAUCCUAGGUCGAUACUACGCUCCACAGAUUUAUAUGUGACAGUAGAGCCAUGUGUCAUGUGUGCUUCAGCUCUAAGACAGUACCAGAUACGUUCGGUCUAUUUUGGAUGUGGUAAUGAGCGAUUCGGAGGCACAGGAAGCAUCCUAUCUUUGCAUUCUGAUCAUACGAUAGAUCCGCCCUAUCCCGUGUAUGGUGGACUUUUUCGCGAAGAGGCUAUCAUGCUACUGCGGCGCUUCUACAUUCAAGAGAAUGACAAGGCACCGAAGCCUCGACCGAAAAAGAACCGACAGCUAAAAACCAAGGUUGAAUAUGAGUAGAUGACUAGGGCCUUACCGCAAAGAAAACCAUAAGCGCGACUGGAAUCCCUCUUUUCUAUAGCUUAAAAAUUAUUUUCUUCUUUGGGCACGGCACCAGGAAUGAUAAAUAAUACAUAAGGGUCACGGAAACUUGCAAUUAGAUA